GCUAAAUUGUCCACACCUGCACGAAUCUAAAAUCCAGCAGCAGUUGAGCCUGAGCAUGUGGAUUUCUUCACUUACCUAACUCUUUCUUCCACAGCUUUCCAUUCUUAGUUUCUUUCAUUCUCUCCAAAUCACCUCCUCUUUUUCUCAGCCCUAUUUGUUUCUUCUAUCUCUGAUCAAAUCUCCCACCUCUUCAAAUGGCAGCAAUGUCAGGGAAGGUUGUUCAAAAUGUUUUUAUAGCACAGUGCUACCAACAGAAUAGGCAGUUCGGGACCCAAUAUCAAAGGGACAGUUGUGCCCCUUAUAUGCGCACCUUGCCUCCUUUCCAUGGAGGGAAGUUAGCAUGGACUGGCAUCUCUUCCAUGCAAAUGCGCAACUUAUCGAAAUACCAGAGUGGUUUUGUUAGCAAAGGAACCUUUUACUGCAACGCGUCUUCAUCUGCUACUGCUGUACCAUCUCUGGACAAAGUUGACUUUCUGAAGCUUCAAAAUGGCAGUGAUAUUCGAGGUGUGGCUGUGGCUGGUGUUGAGGGAGAACCAGUAAGCCUCACUGAGCCAGUUACGGAAGCAAUAGCUGCUGCUUUUGCUGCAUGGUUGUUGGAUAAGAAAAAGGUUGAUGCAUCUCGACGAUUGAAAGUUUCAAUCGGUCAUGAUUCUCGUAUAUCUGCACAAAUGUUACAGGAUGCUGUUUCUCGAGGGAUUUCUGGUGCAGGACUUGAUGUUGUUCAAUAUGGUUUAGCAUCUACCCCAGCAAUGUUUAACAGUGCUCUUACUGAAGACAAGGCAAUUUUAUGUCCAGUUGAUGGGGCUAUUAUGAUAACAGCUAGUCAUCUUCCUUAUAACAGGAAUGGGUUCAAGUUCUUCACAAAUGCUGGAGGCCUUGGGAAAGCUGACAUAAAAGACAUCUUGGAGCGUGCUGCAGAUAUAUACAGUAAUUUCCUAACUGAAGGGUAUUCAGGAAAAAAGGCUUCAGCAUCAGUUCAAAAGGUUGACUAUAUGGCUGUUUAUACAUCUGAUCUUGUGAAGGCAGUUCGUAAAGCUGCUGGAAAUAGAGAAAAGCCAUUGGAGGGAUUCCACAUUAUUGUUGAUGCAGGAAAUGGUGCAGGAGGAUUUUUUGCAUCACAGGUGCUUGAACCUCUUGGUGCUAUUACUUCUGGUAGUCAAUUCUUGGAGCCAGAUGGUAUGUUUCCAAAUCAUAUUCCCAACCCUGAGGAUAAAGUUGCAAUGAAAGCUAUUACCCAGGCAGUACUUGACAACAAGGCUGACUUGGGGAUCAUCUUUGAUACAGAUGUUGAUAGGUCUGCUGCUGUGGAUUCCAGUGGCCGUGAGUUCAAUCGAAAUCGUCUAAUUGCUUUAGUAUCUGCCAUUGUGCUUGAGGAACUUCCAGGUACAACCAUUGUUACAGACAGUGUGACUUCAGAUGGGCUGACUUCAUUUAUUGAAAAGAAACUUGGGGGAAAGCACCACAGAUUUAAAAGAGGCUAUAAGAAUGUCAUCGAUGAGGCGAUGUGCUUGAACUCUGUUGGAGAAGAAUCGCAUCUGGCUAUAGAGACCAGUGGCCAUGGAGCUCUCAAGGAGAAUCACUGGCUUGAUGAUGGGGCAUACUUGAUGGUCAAACUCCUAAAUAAACUUGCUUCAGCCAGGGCUUCUGGUAGAGAUGAUGGAAGCAAAGUUUUAACAGAUCUGGUUGAGGGUCUGGAGGAACCAGCUAUUGCUGUGGAACUGAGACUAAAGAUUAAUCAGAGUCAUCCUGAUCUUAAAGGAGGAUCUUUCCGAGAUUAUGGGGAAGCAGUGCUGAAGCACUUGGAGAACUCGAUUGCUUCAGAUCCGAAGCUUCAGAAAGCACCUGUUAAUUAUGAAGGGGUCCGAGUUUCUGGCCUUGGAGGGUGGUUCCUUCUUAGGCUUUCUCUUCAUGAUCCCGUCCUUCCUCUUAACAUUGAGGCACCAAGCCGUGAAGAUGGUGUGAAACUUGGACUUGCAGUAGCUGCUGCUGUGAAGGACUUUCCAGCUUUGGACACAUCUGCAUUAGACAAAUUUGUCCAACCCCAAUAAACCCAGUGGCGAUCUCCUUCAGCUUUUGGUUUGUGUUCCAGUGGCUGCCUCCUCUUUCAUGAUGAACCGACCUGCCUAAUGUAAUAAUGUUAGUUUUGAGGUUGAGGAAGUCUUUGAUACACGUCUUUUUGGAAAGUGACUAUAAAACCAGCCAGGGACUUCUGCAAGUAUACACAAUUUCCCAGGUUCCAAACAAUAGAGAUGACUCUGAAGAUAUAUAUCCAAUCUUAACAGCAACAUCUAUUAUCUUG